AUAAAGACCAAAGACCAUACGCGCCGCCACUCACUUCUGCACAUCUCACAUCUCUCUCUCUCUCUCUCUCUUCUCUCUCUGAGUCUGAGAAAUGGCUUCGGCUUCAGUGUUCCAUUCCCCUCUUCCCUCUUUCUCUCCUAAAUCCAAACGGUUUUACCGAAGCGGAACCAAACACCGUCCUUCGCCCACUGUUAUAUCCUGCACCUCCUCCACAUUCGAUCCCAAGCCUUCGGCUCUGAAGACGCGGCGCGCCGCCGAUGAGAACAUCAAGGACGAGGCUCGGCGCCAGCGCGAGGACUCGAGCCGCCAGGGCGAGUUCAGGGCCAAGUACGUGCCGUUCAACUCGGGGUUCGACUCGCCCGAGUCGUACUCGCUCGACGAGAUCGUGUACCGGAGCAGCUCCGGGGGGCUGCUGGACGUGCAGCAUGACAUCGACGCGCUGAGGAGGUACGACGGCGCGUACUGGCGCGCGCUGUUCGACUCGCGCGUGGGGAAGACCACGUGGCCGUACGGAUCCGGCGUGUGGAGCAAGAAGGAGUGGGUGCUACCGGGGAUCGACCCAGACGAUAUCGUCUCGGCGUUCGAGGGAAACUCGAACCUCUUCUGGGCUGAGCGUUUCGGCAAACAGUUUCUGGGCAUGAACGAUUUGUGGGUUAAGCACUGUGGAAUCAGUCAUACUGGUAGCUUCAAGGACCUGGGCAUGACGGUCCUGGUCAGCCAAGUGAACCGCCUCCGGAAGCUCAAUCGACAAGUCGUCGGAGUGGGCUGUGCCUCGACCGGAGAUACGUCCGCCGCGCUCUCGGCCUACUGCGCGGCCGCGGGUAUCCCCUCGAUCGUCUUUUUGCCGGCUAACAAGAUCUCCCUCGCGCAAUUGGUCCAGCCAAUCGCCAACGGAGCGUUCGUGUUGAGCAUCGACACGGACUUCGAUGGGUGCAUGAAGCUGAUUCGCGAGGUCACCUCCGAAUUGCCCAUCUACUUGGCAAACUCGCUGAAUAGUUUGCGGUUGGAGGGCCAGAAGACGGCGGCGAUAGAGAUUCUGCAACAAUUCAACUGGGAAGUGCCCGAUUGGGUCAUCGUGCCCGGUGGCAACCUGGGGAAUAUCUACGCUUUCUACAAGGGGUUCAAAAUGUGCGAAGAAUUGGGUCUCGUGGAUCGGAUUCCAAGGCUCGUGUGCGCUCAGGCCAAGAACGCGAACCCACUUUACUUGUACUACAAGUCAGGGUGGAAGGAGUUCAAGCCAACGAAGGCGAACACGACCUUCGCGAGCGCUAUACAGAUCGGAGACCCGGUAUCGAUCGACAGAGCCGUGUAUGCGCUCAAGAACUCAAAUGGGAUCGUCGAGGAGGCGACGGAGGAGGAACUCAUGGACGCAAUGGCGCAAGCGGACUCGACGGGGAUGUUCAUAUGUCCGCAUACUGGGGUGGCUUUGACGGCGCUGAUUAAGCUCAGGCGUAGUGGGGUUAUAGCUCCGACUGAUCGUACGGUGGUAGUGAGCACCGCACAUGGGCUGAAGUUUACGCAGGCCAAGAUCGAUUAUCACUCCAAGGCGAUUAAGGAUAUGGAGUGCCGGUUCGCCAAUCCCCCGGUGCAAGUGAAGGCGGAUUUCGGGACGGUCAUGGAUGUGCUCAACAACUAUUUGUUGAAUGCUCCCAGGUAGGAGCGACCCCCUUUGUGGGUGGGUAUGAAUUAGUUUUUACGUUCGGUUUAUAAGCUUUUUUGUAACCUUUUUUUGUUUUUUGGUACGAGGUUGCCCCUUGUUCCUCGUACAGGGUUUGCUAAUAACAAAACCCUGAAAAAGGUUUUUCCACUGAAAAUUGCUAAAAUUACCUGAAAACUUUUUGUGGGAUGCACAGAGGUUAGAAAGGUGAGUUCAUUAUUAUUAUUAUUUUUUUUAAAUGUUUAUUAUUCAAAUUUCGACAACAAAUUGUUAAGAGAUUUCGAUCCAAGAAAGAGAUGUCGAGCUUUGUGGUUUAUAUACCUAUGACUAUGAGAUUUUCUUCCAAAUCUAUGGUGGUGGUGGUUUGUGUCAUUUCAAGAAGUUAGAGCUGUCGUGUCGGUAUGCAAUGUUGGUGUAUCAUCAUUGCCUGGAGAACUUUAAACCUUUUUUCCCACAUGCUUGGCACUUGACAGGUUGGCAUGGUUUACUGUAUUGACCUUCUUGGGGUGUCAUUUCAUGAAGUUGAUGAAGAUGUGAGGUUAUUUAUUAUAAAGAAAUGAUUUACAUUCA